CAUCAGAGUCCUGCUUCGCAGCGCACAACAUUACAUGUGAAAACAGUCUCAUCAGUGUCACUCUUCCACCCUUCAACGGUUUUCUCUCUCUGUCUCUAUCUAUUCGCUGAUCGAAUUUCAAUUCCUAGGACUGCAAGAGGUGGUUUUGUUUUGGAAUCAAUUCGUUAGAUCUUGGAAACCAUGGCUAUCGCACCGGAGGAGAAUUGCUCCGCCAAGCCUACCAAGCAGGGAGAGGGUCUCCGCCAGUACUAUUCUCUUCACAUCCAUGAGCUUCAGCUCCUCCUCCGCCAAAAGACCCACAACCUCAAUCGUCUCGAGGCUCAGCGAAACGAGCUUAAUUCUAGGGUGAGGAUGCUCCGAGAAGAACUGCAGCUUCUUCAGGAGCCUGGCUCAUAUGUCGGUGAAGUUGUCAAAGUUAUGGGCAAGAACAAAGUCUUGGUCAAGGUCCAUCCAGAAGGAAAAUAUGUUGUCGAUAUUGAUAAAAAUAUUGACAUUACAAAGAUUACUCCGUCAACUAGAGUUGCCCUCCGCAAUGACAGUUAUGUUCUUCAUUUAGUUCUGCCAAGCAAAGUUGAUCCGCUGGUCAACCUGAUGAAAGUUGAAAAGGUUCCCGAUUCUACAUAUGACAUGAUUGGUGGUUUAGACCAGCAAAUCAAAGAAAUAAAAGAGGUCAUUGAGCUACCAAUUAAACAUCCUGAGCUGUUUGAGAGUCUAGGAAUAGCACAACCAAAGGGUGUCCUGCUCUAUGGCCCCCCUGGUACAGGAAAAACUUUGUUGGCUCGGGCAGUGGCACAUCAUACUGAUUGUACAUUCAUCAGGGUGUCUGGUUCUGAAUUAGUUCAGAAAUACAUUGGAGAAGGUUCUAGAAUGGUCAGGGAACUUUUCGUUAUGGCCAGGGAGCAUGCUCCAUCAAUUAUCUUCAUGGAUGAAAUUGACAGUAUUGGAUCAGCCCGUAUGGAAUCUGGAAGUGGUAAUGGUGAUAGUGAGGUACAGCGCACUAUGCUGGAACUUUUGAACCAGUUGGAUGGAUUUGAAGCUUCAAAUAAGAUCAAGGUUUUGAUGGCCACAAAUCGGAUUGAUAUCCUGGAUCAAGCCCUCCUUCGACCUGGACGGAUUGACCGGAAGAUUGAAUUUCCAAACCCUAAUGAAGAGUCGCGGCUAGAUAUUCUGAAGAUCCAUUCAAGAAGAAUGAAUUUAAUGCGUGGCAUUGAUUUGAAGAAGAUUGCUGAGAAGAUGAAUGGAGCAUCUGGUGCUGAGCUUAAGGCUGUGUGCACAGAAGCUGGAAUGUUUGCUUUGAGGGAGAGGAGGGUACAUGUGACACAGGAGGAUUUUGAGAUGGCUGUGGCCAAGAACUGAAGAAGGCCCAGCCGACCCGAGCCAUGUGUGUCGCUUUCGUACUCCUUCCCUGAGAUAGAGAAGGCGAAGCAAACAUAGCACCACGUUACAAGGAAAAGGAA